UUUUUACAUACUUCCGCGCUGGGUGGAACUCUGCAUUGAGAUUAUUUGCCAUGACAGCUGAUCUGGCAGAAUCGCUAGCGGUAUUGUUCGCAUCUCAAACAGGGAACGCUGAAUGGAUAGCAAAACACAUUCAUGAGGAGGCUCUGGCACGAGGAUACAUUUCAACAUGCCAUUCACUCGACGACCACGCAAAAGCCAACCUCACGGGCGACAAUGCAAUCAUAAUAGUAGCUUCGACAACCGGUGACGGAGAUCCACCUGAUAAUGCGACAAAAUUCUGGAGGUGGUUGCGGAGAGCGAAGGCACCCGAGCUCGAGGGGUUGAAAGGCAAAAAGUAUGCGAUACUUGGACUCGGUGAUACCAAUUACAGUAAUUUCUGUAACACCGCGAAACGAUUGGAGAAAAAAAUGACGGACGUGGGCGCCGUACCAUUUACACCAAGAGGGUUUGCGGACGAUGCGACAGGGUUGGAGGCUGUCGUAGAUCCUUGGAUAGAAACGCUUUGGAAAGCCUUGCCGCAGGUUGCUUGUUAUGAUGAAGAGAAAGCAAAGGCUUUUGAGGAACGGGCGGAGAAAGAUGGGAAAUUUUCUCUCAAGCUUGGCGCCGAGAAAAAGUCUGUUGGGGAGGCUGUCGCUGAUGGGAAGAAAGAUAACGGGGAAUCCGCCAACACUAACGACAUCGUUCCAAAGUCGAGCGAUGGGAAAGCUUCUGCGCCUGUUUCAUCCGUGAACGAGGUCUCCAAGACUGCUAAUGGCGGCGACUCUGGAGAUAAAUCUUCAGUUGCAAAUGCUUUUCUAGCCCCGUUGAAUGCUGAGGAGCACGAGCGUCUCGACGCCACAUCGUGUACUCCCGUUCCUAUUGUCGUGUCCAAAGCAGCGCUUGAAUCUGCAACCCAACUCACGAACGUAGCGAAGAUCCCAACCGAGUAUCUGGAUGUAGAGCUAGAGGACCAGGGACGACCAAUUGAAAAAAGUGUCAUAUUGCCUUGUCUCAUACGUGACACCCAGAUUAUUGGGUCUCCUUUUGAUUACACCGCUGCCAAUCCCUUCAAGGCGAAGAUCGCUGGCGUUCGCUGUCUGACUGGCCCAAAGGCACUGAAGCGUGUCCUUGAGAUUGAGCUCAACAUUACUGGACUGGGUUGGGAGUACGCUCCUGGAGACGCAUUUGGCAUUGUAUGUCCAAAUCCAGAUGGGUUGGUUUUACCGCUUCUGAAAAGGCUCAGUUUGGAGCCUACACGAUUGCUGCGGGUAACAGCAAAAGGAGCGGCUGCCCUUCAAGGCCUGCCGUUUGAGACCAAGACGCCCGUAACGGUGUACGAGGCAUUUAAAUACUAUUUGGAUCUCCAUUCUCUUCCCAAGAAAUCCUUCCUGCGGGUGCUUGCGGAACAUACAUCUGACCCGACAGAGAAGAAGACUCUCUACUUCCUUGCCAGUGCUCAGGGUGCAGGUGCUUACCGAGACUUACGUCCACAGCAGUCCACCCUCUUGGAUAUCCUGCACACCUUUCCAAACUGUCAGCCACCUCUUGCGCGCCUGCUUGAAACGCUUCCCCACCUACAACCCCGAUACUAUUCCGUUGCGACGUCACGGCUAGUUAAGGAAGAUUCCGUCACAUUCGCUUUCAACACUGUUGAAUAUCGCACCCCCGCACCAUACAAUAAACCCAUCUCAGGUCUUUGCUCAACGUGGUUGGACGUACUGACCGGAAAGAAGUCUGCACAGAACGUGCGUGACCAGCUGAGCGACCAGGAAUUAUAUAUUCCCAUUUUCCCCAAACCAAUCUCUGAAAUCACCGCGCCGUUCCGGUUACCCGAAGACCCUUCCGCACCCGUCAUAAUGAUAGCCGCCGGAACAGGCAUCACUCCGUUUAUGUCUUUCCUUGCACAUCGCCACCACCUGCGUUCAUCUGGGACAUCGUCAUUUGGCGCAAUGUGGCUAUUUCAUGGUCGCCGGUUUGCAUCUGCUGACGGCGAUGCCCUUUACGAGUCCGAUCUUGAUACCUAUGUCAAAGGAGGAUCCCUAUCGCGACUGUUGGUAUGCACUUCACGGGAGGACGUCACGCCCGACCAAAUACGGUACAAAUACGUUCAAGAUGGGAUACGUGCGUUGGGCACGGAAGUGUGGGAUCUUGUACAUGAGUGUGGAGCCUACGUCUACGUUUGCGGAAGUGUCGCGAUGGCCAAGGAGGUCAACCAGGCGCUAGCUGAUAUAAUUGUUCAGAAUGGAGGGGCAAAGGAUGGAGUCGAAGCAUUGACUUUGUUGGCUGACUUGGGCAAGAAAGGGAGAUAUUUGAAGGAUAUUUGGACUUGAUGAGUAGUAGUCGGCAG